UGCCCAAUAAAACGUCCAAGUGGCCACAAGACAUUAUCAUUAAUUAAUCCCUCGUCGUCGUUUUAUUUAUUUUUUUCUUGUGUAAAAUCGGGAGUUUUUGGAAAAAGAUUUUUUUACAUUGAACGUAGUGCUCUGUCUCUGUGAAAAAAAUUGUUUUUUUCAAAAUGUCCCCGUCAGUGAAUAUUCUCAAGAGGCGCCAAGCCAUCCCGGUCAUCUUUACACGCGGAACUCACUACGAAGUUGGAUUUGAUGUUGGACGUACAUUUGGUGCCUUGAUAAGGGAGUUCCUAACACUUUCGGAACCACUAAAUUCCACAUAUCUCCCCAUGUACAAUACAAGCGAAGGGCGUCAGGUAUACGAUGAGACUCUAGAAUCCGUACGUACUUCCUUUCCGCAAUAUAUUCGGGAAUUGGAGGGAACAGCUGAUGGAGCACAGGUGGAAUUCCACAAGCUCUUCCUCUUGCAUAUGGAUGAUAUAACACCGAAAGCAGUAGCGGGAAGGAAUAGUGUGGAUCAACCAAUUGGAUGCACCAGUAUUUGCGUCAAUCAACCGGGUCAGGAAUUUAUUGCUCACAACGAGGAUACUUUGCCAGAAGUUUUGAACUUCUUCUACUUGGUAUCAGCUCAUAUUAUUUGCGAUGAGCCCCAAGGAAAGUACAGCGUGAAGGAAGAACGCUUCACAUCUCUGUGCUAUGCUGGUCAUCUUCCCGGCUAUACCAUGGGGUACAACCAUCAUGGGUUGAUUUUCACGAUAAACACACUAAGCGCUGAUACUCUCUACAGUGGCAAGACUCCACGGCACUUUAUUACACGAGCUCUACUGUCUGCAGAUAAUUUCUCCCAAGCUUUAAACGUUAUUAAGGAUACGGGUGUUGGUGCCGCAGAUGGUUGUAGUAUUAAUAUGACAUUCCUACGCCAGGAGGGAUCCAGAGUUUUUCACAACAUCGAAAUGGGACCCGCAAAGAACAAUGAGAGUCAGAUUGAUAUUAAAAGUGCAAAUCCCGGAGAAUAUUUAACACAUUGCAACAAAUAUAUCCGUCUUAAGGUACCGGAAGUGAGUAGUGGACUCAUCCUUGAUUCCAGCAUUGAACGCAUGGUUGUACUGAAGAAAAUGGGAGAACCGAAGAGCAGGGGCGAUAUAAUAAAUAUGUUGGGUGAUGAAUCAGCCAAGACUCAUCCAGUAUUCCGCAAUAGACGUGACGAUGCCAUCAAAACCAUUGCUGUGGGGAUUUUUGACUGUAUUGCCCGCACUUGGACACUGUAUUCAGAUAAUCCGAAACAUAAUGAACCCCUUUUUGUCCUACCACUGGUUCUACGGGACUAAUCUUCCUGACCUACUACAUAUUUUUGUUUCUCCAAAUUUUUAUUACGUGAAAGAAGCUCUGUGGAUUCUGAAGCUUUCUUUGGAUUAGAGACCCCAUGAAAAACAACAAAGAAGGAAGUCCUACUAAAUUCCUUGUGAGGUCCACAACUCGAUCACUCAACACGAGAUUCCAAUUCUAAAAAAAAUUCCUCUAAAAAAAAUUCAUAUACAUACAAAAUUUAUAGCAAAACACUUGAUGUAUGUUUUUUUUUAAUUAAUGAACAUUGUAGCAAUUAAUAUUGCUUAAAUAAAAUAUUUUUGUGGCUCUUAUACUUAAAAAAAACAUACGCCUUAUUUUUUUUCUUUAUGAUAAAACGGCUUUUAACUCUUCUUACCACCACAUGUUAUGUUGUUGAGUUUCUUUCUUUUAUAAUCCAUUGCAAUUUACAAAUUUAAAAAAAUGGAGAUCGCUACAUCUAUCCUUUCUUGUCUAUAAUUUUAUGUAAUUUCUUUUUCUUUUUUAAUUUAAUGCAAACUACCAAAAGUUCCAGAUAUAUUGUAUAUUAAAUUAAACUUAUAUCUCAAAAUUGUAUGCCUAAUAAAAGAAGAAAGAAGAAGUGAAGUGAUUGAAUUGAGAAUAAUCGAUUGGUUUGCUUAUUAAUUUCAUAACAUCAUUUAAAAAAAAUCAAUUCCCAUAAUCUUGUUUAAGUUUAUACGGUUUGUUUAUACAUACCUAGAAAGUUGAUAUAAAAAAUUACUUUAACCCUUUGAGGAUCAAGGUUUCUAACCUUUUUGACCUUAAUUUUCUUUAAAAAAGAAUUUUUUUUUUACAAUUUUUCUUUCGACGAUCAUGAAGUAAUGAAACUUCCCUACAUAAAGUGAUGUAGAAUUUAUCAGGAAAUGUUAAAUAGAUUAUUAAUUUUGAGACGAAUUAAAAAAAAUGUCAAUCUAACCAUAGUGGCCAGCCAAAUUCUCCAAGAACUGAUAAUUUUCAGAAUAUACAUAAAAUAAAAAUAAUAACAUUAUGAUGAAUUUUGAGAUUUUAUCAUUUCAUCAGUUUGUAUGAUUUAUGAUACAGAAGUUUGACAAAAGAUAUCAGAUUUGUUUUAAAGAAAUUCUUUGAGGAUUUUUGCAUUUUUCGGUUGUAAUUGAAUGCGAAUAAAAUAGCGAAUAGCUGUCCCUUCAUCACCCUCAAAUUUCCAUCAGAUAUUAUAAAAAAUUCGUUUCUCGUUAAUUAAACAACUGUAAGUCGAAAGGAUAUUUGUCUAGAAUUUAAUUUAAUUUAUUUUUUGUAUUUUAAUUAGGAAAUAUUUUAGUCCAUCCUGGAAAAGUACCUAAAUGAAAUAAACUGUUUUUUUUUUUUGAAAAUCACCAUUUUCCCUCUUCCUGAACGUGUCCGGAUUAAUUAGAAGUUUGUUAUGGGAAAUAAUUUAAUUAUUUGUUAUGUUAUUAAAAGCAAACAAUCAAAGCAAAAAAAAGUGGUUUAUGAUGCUAAAUUUAUUCUCAAUUAAAGACUUUUUUAAAAUAAUAGAAUAACAAAGUUCUAGUUAAUUUAAUCAAGGAUAUUGUACCUUUUACUUUAUUGAAUCAAUCUUCUUUAACACUUAACACAAUGAUGAGUAAUCUCUUUAUCUCGGAUUUUAACCUCAAAGUACACCCAUAAAAAACAAAAUUGAACUUUUGAGAAGAAUUAAUCUGGAUCGGCGUAAGAAAACCCAAUAUUCUUAUACUUCGAUUUCCACCCACGUAGGUAAUGUUAAUUUCGUAGAAAAAAUGUAAAAAGGCAUACAUAUAUGUAUCAAUAGAUUUAUAUUGCAUUAAGUUUUUUUUUCUCCACAAUAUUAUUAUAUAGGUGAAUUUUAUUUUUUCGACUCCAUCCAUUCGAUUCCGGAUAAAAAGAGAAAUUCUUAACAAUAAAGUGAAUAAAGAAAAUCAACAGAUUUUUUUUAAAUUACAUUUAACGAAAAUCAUCCCAAAAAUAAUUUAUAAUGAAAAGGCAAAAAAAAAUAGAGAA